AUGCAUCGUGACCGACGACAUAUACGACAACUGAUUCUCCAAGCUGCCAGGAUACGAGCUACCGAUGUCUUAACACCAAAACAUGGAGAGUGCAAUCAUGAAAUAUUUGCUCCAUUUAGUCCCUCGCCUAUUGCUUUAAUUGAUGCAGUUUGGAACAAGAUUGAACUUUCACAUACACUUUUAAGAUCCGACGAUCUGCUAGUGGAUUUGGGCUGUGGCGAUGGCCGAUGGUUAAUCUCGGGGGUCCAGCGAUUUCAUUGUAGCGCAUUUGGAGUGGAAAUUGACGAGAAUCUUGUCAAGAAAGCAAAGGAACAGAUACAACAAAAAGAUCUUUCGCACAAAAUUCAUGUUGAGCUUGGGGAUAUCAUGCAGGUUGACAUUUCACAAGCCAAAUUAGUGAUAAUCUAUGCAUUUGCAGAGUCACUUAAAGGAAUUGCAGAGAGGUUAAGACAACAAUUAAAGACAGAUGCAAACGUUCUGUCGAUUGGGUUUCGAAUUUUACAAUGGAAGCCAUACUGGAGUGAGCGUAACAAUGGACUUCGUUGGUAUCUCUACCGCAUUAGAGAUUGUCAAUAG